UUGAAUGUGAGCGCGAGCGAGAGAAACGCUGCUAGCUAACGCUGGGUUAAGCUAGUGAGUGAAUUAACUGUAGUCGUGUAGGCUGAGCAGCCGGUGGCAGAUGACAUGGGACGCUUGGUUCAUUCACACUUUUCUAUUAUAACAAUAUACAAAAUACAGUGGAAAUCGUCUGAUAAGUCUGUUUGGACGCUAUCUAACGUUAGCUAGCUAGCUAAGCGCUGGUAGCUAGUGAUCGUUAGUGAUAUUUUUUCUUUUAUAUUAACGUUAACGUUAGCUACCUAGCCUUAUCCACGAACAAACGGCACACGUCUCCAGGCGUCUCUGGUUCCCAGGGUGCUUUACAGUGCAGCUAGUUACUGCCAGGAUAUCACAGCACCUGUUUCUCUACAUGCUGUUUUCCAGUGUCUAUGAUGAUCUCUCAGGUGGAAAACAAUACCUUGUUUUAACCUGUAGGAUUAUAUGAAUGAAAGGGGAAGCAGGAGUGGCUGAUCAAAGCGUUCGCUGAUCCAGGUCAGAGGUCAGAACACACGCACCCAUGAGGGCAUCGUGAGCAAGCAGGCAGUGUUCUCCACAGAAGGGGAUGGAAGCAGAAGAUCAGCCCAGUCUCCCUCCCUGACUGCCUGGGUGUGGUGGAUAUUAAUUGGGAGAAAAAUAAGCUUGCAUCCACACUUUACACAAGCUGCCAGUCUUGCCUUGCUCUACUUUGUGAAUAGAGAAUGGAGGGCAUAUUGUGUUUUUUGGGACCUGUGCACAGCCCCUACUGCAGAGAUAUUGGGAUCUUUUGGCUGCUGGUUUCCUCUCUGUUUGUGUCCAGUUCUGCUAUUCUUAUGGAUUCUGUUGUGAGCCACAGCACAUUCACCUGUGAACCCAUAGGUCUGCGGAUGUGUCAGGAUCUCCCCUACAACAGCACCUUCAUGCCCAACCUGCUCAACCACUACGACCAACAGACGGCUGCUUUGGCCAUGGAGCCCUUUCACCCCAUGGUGAACCUGCAGUGUUCUUCAGAUCUGAGGCCUUUCCUGUGCGCACUCUACGCCCCUGUGUGUAUGGAGUAUGGCCGAGUGUCGUUGCCUUGCCGCAGCCUGUGCCUACACUCGAAGAGAGACUGUCAGAAUCUCAUGGAUAUGUUUGGGCUGACCUGGCCUGAGGAGAUGGAGUGCAGCAGGUUUCCAGACUGUGAUGAGUCAUACCCUCGUGAUGUAGACCUGAUGACCAGCGCAAACACCACUGACCAGUCCCCUAUGGCUGUGCAGCGGGAUUAUGGUUUCUGGUGCCCGCGUGAGCUGAAGGUUGAGCCUGAGCUAGGCUACACAUUCCUGGGCGUGCGGGACUGCUCAGCUCCCUGUCCCAACAUGUACUUUCGCCGCGAGGAGCUGGCCUUCGCCCGUUACUUCAUUGGCGUCGUCUCCAUCGUUUGCCUGUCAGCAACCCUCUUCACCUUCCUCACCUUCCUUAUUGAUGUGACACGUUUCCGCUACCCUGAACGGCCCAUUAUCUUCUAUGCCGUGUGCUACAUGAUGGUGUCUCUGGUCUUUUUCCUGGGUUUUUUGUUGGAAAAUCGUGUGGCAUGUAAUGCGGCAAGCCCGUCCCAGUUUAAAGCCUCCUCAGUGACCCAGGGCUCACAUAAUAAAGCCUGCACACUGCUCUUUAUGGUCCUCUACUUCUUCACCAUGGCCGGCAGCGUGUGGUGGGUCAUUCUCACCAUUACCUGGUUCCUGGCUGCUGUGCCCAAGUGGGGCAGUGAGGCCAUCGAGAAGAAGGCCUUACUGUUCCAUGCCAGUGCCUGGGGCAUACCUGGUUUGCUGACUGUGGUGCUGCUGGCCAUGAAUAAGAUUGAAGGUGAUAAUAUCAGCGGUGUGUGUUUUGUGGGCCUUUAUGACGUGCACACCCUUCGCUGGUUUGUUUUGGCCCCCCUGUGCCUGGACGUCCUGGUUGGAGUGUCUCUGCUCCUGGUUGGGAUUGUGGCUCUAAACCGGGUUCGCAUGGAGAUUCCCUUAGAGAAGGAGAACCAGGACAAGCUGGUGAAGUUCAUGAUCCGUAUCGGAGUGUUCUCUGUCCUGUACUUGGUGCCGCUGCUGACUGUGGUGGGAUGUUACCUGUAUGAACAAUCCUACCGCUCUGUGUGGGAGACCACAUGGGUGCAGGAACGCUGCAGAGAGUACCACAUACCCUGCCCUUUCCAGGUGGAGCAGACCAAGAGGCCUGACCUGGUUCUUUUCCUGAUGAAGUAUCUGAUGGUGCUGGUUGUUGGCAUCCCGUCCGUGUUCUGGGUCGGUAGUAAGAAGACCUGCUUUGAAUGGGCCAGCUUUUUCCAUGGUCGCAGACGCAAGGACAGUGCGGUAAACGAGAGUCGGCAGGUUCUGCAGGAGCCUGACUUUGCUCAGUCUUUACUUCGCGACCCCAACACACCCAUCAUCCGCAAAUCACGUGGAACCUCCACGCAGGGCACAUCCACACACGCCUCCUCCACUCACCUCGCCAUGCUGGACGAUGUGCGCAGCAAGGCCGGUAGUGUUCACAGCAAGAUGAGCAGUUACCAUGGGAGCCUGCACCGCUCACGGGAUGGCAGGUACAGCCCCCCCAGCCACAGGGGCACGGAGGAACGCCCACCUUACGGGAGCAUGCCCCGCCUUAAUGAGCAGCUGUCACAUCACAGCAGCCUUCACCGCCUUGACAGCCAAUCGCGGCACAGCAGUGUUCGGGACUUGAGUAACGCCCCGCCCACUAACAUAACUCACGGUUCCAGCAUGAACCGCGUGGUGGAGGAUGAUGGAGCGAGUGCGUAAUAAUUAUAAGAAGAGAGUUUAUUACAGACACCGAUCGCCCUCAGUGUUGGCUCAGGGCUCAGACCUGAAAACUUGCUCUGCUGAAGCAGGAGAUGGUGCUACAUCGACGACUUCACACGUCCUGGACCUACAGAGCUUAGUUUUUCUCGUACAGGAGCGCCAUCACAAGAGAGGGACCAUACAGAGUUCUUUAUGUCCACAGGGUGGACUGUAGACUGUGCAUGGCACCAGACACUCGCUUUGAUACAGUGUUCAGAGUGUUUGGUUGGUAGGUAGGUGGAGUGUGUGUAAAGUGAUACAGCAGCACUACACUACACCCUGCUUCUCACAGUUGAGGGCGGGAAAGUAAAGAGGGCAGACUGCAGCUGUCCACAGGCCCAGAGCCCAAACGUCUCAACCUGCUGACUCACAGAUUUUCCCCCAUUAGCUCAUCUCCACCUCCCCCUCCAAGCAGAUCCGUAUCCCAGUAACUGGAAGAGGCCUUGAUGAAGAUCCAUUAGCUCUCGGGUUUCCAAGUCGAGUCCAAGCACUCGAAGCCAAGGAUAGAUAAAGAAAGGGAGGAUUCUAGCCAAGCACACCGUCCGUGAACCUUGGCAGUUUUGUGCCUCUGGCAGAUGAUCGCAUGUAUCGUUUUCUUUCGGUAGAGCAGUAAAAGAGGAUGGGGAAAGGAAAGGUCUAAUAUGUAUACAUUUUCUGUAUACACAUACAAUAAAUUAAUUGCAGUCCUCCUCCUCAACAACAAUGUACCAGAAAACCUCACCACCACCAGAUGUGCUUAGUUCUUCAUCCCCACACUCCCUGCUGUGCCUACCUCACCUCAUCAGCCCAGAGGUCUCAUGCCUGCCUUUCCUGAAACCAGACUAAACAUGUUGCCAUUAUUUAAUGGCUUUCUUCUAGUCCUCAGUCUGUUUGCAGCACUCUAUAUGCAAAGAGCUUUGGAAAACCGUACUACUGCCUGUUUCCGUUGGUCACUUCAGUAUGCAAUGUGUACUCUUACAGUAAUACCAUGGUAUUUGUGCUACACUGUAAAAAUAUUUCUCCUUACAGACAGACCUAGCUACCUAUCUGGAGCAGAAUACAACAUUUUAUAGACCUAAAGUUAUUUAUAUCAAGAUAAAAAUAUACAAGUUCAAAUCAGAAAAUGUUGGGAUGUAAUACUUCUUAUAUGUACUUUGACUUUUUUUGUUUUGUUGUAGACAGUAAGAACCCAAGAAUUUAUGUUUUGUCUGGUAAAGUACUUUUUUUUUAUUAUAUUAUAUAUUCCUGCUAAAUUGUCUAUACAUUCCCUAAUGCGGACAGGUUAGAACUGCAGGCAGGUCAGUCCAGUACCUGUACCCUUUAAAUGCAUGUAUAAUGGGCCAGCUCAGAUGCCUCCAAGCCCAGUAAAGUCGAUGCACUUUGGGACAUUUUUAACACAAAGCCUCUGUCUAUCUUUGUUUUUCUAAGGCUACGUUCAAAUUACCAGACUGAAGUGACUCGAAUCAGAUUUUUUUGCUCUGCGAAUCAGAUCUGAUUUUUUUUUUAUGGUUGUGUGAACAUGCUAAAUCCGGUUUGAGUCACUUUUUAAUAUGUGGUCCUAAAUCGAUACGUUAUCCGAUCCAUGUACAAGUGUUUUUCUUUUAAAAGAAAAAUUGCCAUGCUAAAAAAAGUGAUUCAGACCAGAAAUACAAGAAUAGAUAUUAUAAAUAUCUAUUCUUUAUUCCUGACGUAUAGUGGGUUUUUACUGUCUGCAAUAAAAUACUAGCCAAAGUUAAUAAAAUAAACACUGGAUUUUUAUUUUUUGUUUCAAGUCUUAACUUUUUCUGAUUUGGGUGGUAAAAUAUGGAUUUUGUUUGAUGUUUUCUAAUUUGCUGCACCAAGUGAAGCAUUUGUUAAAAUGUAGCUAAACCUGAAAUAUUGGGGCUGUUAUCCCCGUGAGCUUUUGUUUACUGUUGAAAAAGAAAUUCAUCGUUGUGGUUUUCAGUGCCUGAAAAAUGUGACUGUGGACCUGAGCUUUGUAAAAUGGCCACGCUUGUGAGUGCUACUACUGAAUACUGCUUCUCCGGUAUCUUUGCCUUUUUCUCUCCAAAGUACGCUCAAUCUUUAUGCUGAAUUCCUUUUGUCCGUGUUGUACAGCCUGCUGAUGUUAGUAGAGGGAAAAAGAUUUAGCACUUUAACAGUGGCUAGCUGUUAUUUUGAAUGUGUAUAGAUGUUCUUUUCAGUUCUAGAGUCAUGCAAGAUUUCAAAUAAAGCUUUUUAUAAAGAAAUGAAAAA